AUGUGUCUACUGGAUCUUCCCGUCGAGUUGCUUGCAGAGGCCCUCCAGCAUCUGGAUUACCGUCAUAUCCUUCUCAUACGACAGGUAUGCCGCUCUCUCCGCAAUGCGGUCGAUCAUACAGCCAGACUACGUUACGACCUGGAACUCGCGAGGGAAAGCAUGCAAGAUGGCAGCAGACAUGACCUCGGAUCUGCCGAUCGCCUACAGAAGCUCAAGGAGUACAAGCAAGCUUGGCGCGCGCUCGACUGGUCCGCGAACAGGAGGGUCCUUCAUGGAGGGGUCUUCGCGAUCUCGGGGGACAUCGUCGCCUGCUCUAAGCGUACCGAACCAAUGCACAUCACCUUCACUCGGAUAGAGUCAAAGCUGAGGGGUGUGGAAGGGCACCAGUGGAAGAUCGACGCGCCGACGGGGCUGCGAGACUUUGUCAUUGAGCCUGUUCUGGAUUUGGUCGUCGUGCUUGUUGACGGAAGGGAUGCAACAUUCGAGCUGCACUUGAUCGCGAUGUCGACUGGACAACCCCAUCCCAGCGCCACCAAACCCAUCAUCCCUGUCCCCCUCACCUUUGUUGCCGCUGACUUCAAGCCCAUGAUCUACGAAGACCGACUUGGAGUGCUCUUCUCCUCCCACAGCCUCAGCUACACGUACUUCACCGUUUGGAACUGGCAGACGGGAGAGAAGUACAGGCGCCCCUUCCGUACUCGCCGCGUCCCUUCCGCCACCUUCCUCACCCGAGACCUCGUCGCCAUGCCCUACACCUGCUACAACAUCGACGACCACACCAUCAGCACCACCGCCCUCCUCGUCGCAGACAUCUCCGACCCGCACAAGCCGCACCGCGUCUGCCGCCUCUUCCUCCCGCCCGCCGCGCCCGACAGCACCCUCUUCGCCGACUUCAUCUGGGACCAGCCGCUCUCGCGGACCUCAGAUCGUCCCCGCCCUGGCUGGUUCGCCUCCGCGUCGCUGGAGCGCGUCCUCGGGCUCAGCGUCAGCGGCUUCGACGUCGCUUUCGGGACCACGCCCCCGACAUCCGCAAUGUUCAUCAUCUCCGUCCCCCACGUCGUCGAGCGCAUACAGCAGCGGCUUGCCUUGUCCGGGGCCAAGCGCGUCACGUUCGAGUGGGCGGAAUGGGGCCCGGACUGCUCGCGCGUCUUCUCGCACAACUGUCCUGCGCUUUGGCUUUCUUUCAUCCACGGUACGAAGUAUGCGAUUCUGGACGAUGAAGCGGUACCUCCCACUGGCUAUACGGUCUACGAUUUCUCGCGCUCUGCCGUGGAAGAUCCUCAAGGAGAGAACCCUGAGGCCAACGACUUCAUCAUCAAGGGAAGAGACCUCUUCGCCGAGCGAGGCGCUUUCGCAAUACCCGUGGAGACCAGACUUCCCUAUCGCUCUAUGUGGCGUCCACUCGAACCAGAGGUGGUUGAAUGGAUUGGCAGGCUAGGGGGUGACACUGGCUCCGUCAUGUUGAUAGAAGACGGUGUUGUAUUUUCUCCGGAUGCUGGUGGUGAAUAUUGGGCGUGGACCGUGUAAGAUCAUCGUCUUCAAUCAAGCCAUCGCAACUGCUGCUUUCAAGUUCUCUGCUAUCCACCUAUGCUUUCGACAAAACCCCUCCUACUUAUGCAUCAUAGCUCACAAC